ACCUCUCAGCCCUUUCACCAGCGACGGAUAGCGCGAGUCACUAUUACCCCCCGAGUCACAGCUUCACCCCGAACCGGGUCGGAACCGCGACUCCCCCUCCCGAACCUCCUCCCGCGCACGCGCACGACACCAGCCCGACGGCGGACGCCAGCCCGGCGGAAGUGACCUCAUCGCACAGCUUCUUCCCCCACCCCCCUUCCAUCUCUCUCUGGGUCUCUCGCCGGGCCGUGUAGCCUCUCCCGGGGGUGUGGCGGGUGACGUGACGCCCGGGGGUGAACUCUAACUCUAACCCUAACCCCACCCGCGUUGGCGGCGCGGCCGGUGCGGGAGAUGUCGGUGCCGGUGCUGCUGCGCCGCCUCUGCCAGGCCCCGCGGCACCUGCUGGUCAGCGAGAAGGGACACGCGCGGCACCCGCGCUCCCGGCACGCGGCCCACGUGCGGGACCACGCCUACAACUGCCGCGUGUCUUUUUUGAUCCCUGAAUGUGGCAUCCUACCUGAAGUGCUGAAGAGUACAAUUGCAGAUGUUGGAGAGUACUACCUGGUGAGGAAUUUAUCGAUCCAUGAAUUGGUCUCGCACGAAUUCAUUGAUGCAUUUGUCAAGAAAGGAUCAUGCUAUGCACUUACCUAUAACACAAAAAUUGAUCAAGAUAAUACUGCAGCUCUGCUACCAAAUGGAAAACUUAUUCUAUCAGUGGACAAGGAUACUUAUGAAGAACUUGGACUGCAGGGUCGCCCUUCUCAGUAUUCUGGCAAAAAAGUUAUGAGAUAUAUUAUAACUAUUGACUUGACUGAUUCUGGCUUUCACCCUGAUAGCAAGAAACACAACAGAGUGCUUUGGGCCUUGAAAGAGAAGAAACCUUUAGAAUUUGACUUCCUACUGGCGUGGUAUAAUACAGGUGCAGAGGGAUCAACAUUGAAGUCAUACUUUUCAAAAAACCAAAUACGGGCCCUGAAGCCAAAAAUAACAUUUAGCACCUUAAGGGACUUGCAGUGUCCAGUGUUACAAAGCAAUGAACUACAAGGAAAGCCAGAGGAAUCCUGCAGUACAGAGGAGCUGUUUGAAUGGCUAGGUGCUGUCUUGAAUCAAGUUAGCUUAGACAACAAAUCAUCUAGCUUCUUAUCAACCUAUUGCUGUCCUCAGCCCAGCACAAUAGUGGAAAAAGCUUUUUUGUGCACAAUCACAGGCUUUAUAAUUCCUGAGAAGAUAAUUCAGUUGUUGGAGCAGCUGUGCUGCUAUUUUGGUGACCCAAAACUGGCAAGUUGGCUGACAUUAACUGUGCAUGGCUUCGCAGACAGUCCUGUUUCCUGGAGGGAAAGUGAACAUGGUUUCCACAAGGGAGGAGAGAACUUGUACAACUUUGUAAUUUUUAGAAAUCUGGACUACUGGCUUCAGAUGGCUGUAGGAACUAAUGAUGAUUGUCCUCCAUAAAGCUAUGUCUACAGAAGAAUUUUUUUUCCAUUGUUAGGUAUGCAAAUCUACUAAGAUAAAAGUAAUUAGGUAACCAGUUAAGUAUUAGGAGUCUGUAUCUGUUUUUCUAAUAUUUAAAGCUUUAAGGGGUGACCUACAAUGAAAGGAAUGGAUUUGUGUUUCUUCACUGUUAUACAGUGCCUUGUGAAAUUCUUCACAGUUCUAGCUUUAGGAAGGAUAUGUUUUUGAGAGUUUGACUGCUGGUGGUUUCCUUUUAUCCAGGGAUAAUUUUCGAAUUUGAAAGUUAGUUCUAGUUUACUAGCUAAAAUAUUUGGAUGGAAAGCUCAUCUGGGAAUUUGGUGUUUUCUUUCUUUACAUUAAAGUUGUGUAAAACCUUUGAAUUCAUGUUUACGACAUUUCGGCCUACAUGACUGGAAAUAAAAAAAGAGAGAUGUGUUCUCUGUAAUUUGGCACGGGGGAAGAGACAAAAGGUAAGGAGGAGUGAUGGUGAGAGGAAUGUCCACUGAACCUGGAAGAAGUAAAGGCUUACUGAUGUGCUUUUUGGAUUUUGGAGAUUAAAGCUGGUUAUCAGAG